AUGUUUAGGCACCCUCCAGCUUCAUACCCUCUUUUCUACCGCCACAUGGGAAAAAUGUUAGGCAUGCUGACUAGACCUGUUGAGCUUUUUUGUAUUUCCAAUGAGAAGCUCAAUACAGUUGCCCCAGCUGAAUUGGAAGAUCUUCUUCUGGCCCACCCGUUGAUUCGUGAUGCUGCUGUUAUAGGAAUUCCUGACAAAAGAGCUGGCGAGUUGCCUCGAGCAUUCGUGGUUAGAGCAUCAGACAGCUUAACAGAAGAAGAUGUGAAAUUAUGGAUCAAAGAUAAAGUUUCACCGCACAAACAGCUCGCUGGAGGCGUUGAAUUUUUGCGAGAAAUCCCGAAAUCAGCUGCAGGAAAAAUCCUUCGACGAGUUCUACGCGAUCGAGUGACCUCAAAGCUUUAA